AUGAAACACAGGAGCCUACAGAAGUCACUGUCCCACUGCUGGGUGAACGUUUCUAGAUUAUGUUUUCUCCUAGGAGUCUUCAGCAUACUGUUUGCUAUUAUUUGGAGGCAAAGCAAAGAGAAAUGUAAAUCUCUAGAACAGGAGGAAUCUGCAUUCAUGGAUACAAAUGGAAAGACGAACAUCAACCUGGAGAAUAUCAUAAAGCAGAAGCCCCAGAAUCCAAAUCUCAGUGUUCUGGAGAGUGCUCAGGGUCCUUUGCCCAUACAAUAUACAUAUCUCUUGGGAUCUCUUCCUACUAGAAAGCGAUUGCUGACUAUUGGUAUUUCUUCUGUCUAUAAAGAAAAGGAGCAUCAUUUACUGAACACAAUUGAGUCCAUUUUAAGACAGUCUUCUCCAGAAGAACUACAAAUGACCAUCCUGGUUAUAUACCUUGCUAACAAUAGUUCUCAGCUCAAUGAGCGCAGCACCAAAGAAAUUCAGGCUAAAUUUAGUGAGCAUGUCAAUGAGGGAACACUGCUUGUUAUACAAAGUCAUCUCGCCAGUUACCCACCUUUAAGCAGCCCAAAAGCAAAUCCAUGGUAUAACAGAGGAGGAAUUGGGUGUAGAGCCAAACAGAAUGUGGACUAUGCUUAUUUAGUUAACUUCUGUGCUGGUCUCUCUUGGUAUUAUUUGAUGCUUGAAGAUGACAUUGUCUGCGCUGAUAAUUUUAUAUCCAUUAUACAAAACUAUAUAAAGGACAGAGGAACACCUUGGACCACAAUUGCAUUUUCAAGAUUGGGCUACAUUGGGAAACUCUAUCAUAGCUCUGAUCUUAUUAAACUGGCCCGGUUCCUCUUGAUGUUUUAUGAUGCAGUGCCUGCAGACUGGCUUCUAGAGUUUUUCUAUAAGUCAAAAGGCCAGGAUAAUGCCAUAUUUUUCCGGCCUUCGCUCUUUCAACAUAUAGGUAGAUUAUCUUCAUUUCACAAUAUGGAAUUUCAAAUCCAGGAUCCAGAAUUUGAAGAAGACUUUGGACCUUCUGGAGACUCCCCAGUUGCUUCAUGUUUCACAAACAUACCCAUAUUUUCACAUUAUGUGCCAGGCAAUGUGUGUCCUCCCAGCGAGGGUGUGUUUUGGGGUAUGAAUGUAACAUCAGAGAGUUUCUUCACUGUUGUCUUUAAACGUCCAGUUGUUCCCCAGAAGAUUCAGAUUUAUACAGGGUCAGCCGAAUAUAAGAAGGACAUUCUCUAUUAUGGCUUUGUAGAACAGGGUAGGCACAAAAUCCAUUGGCAUGGGGGUCAAACAUGCCUAACUUUCCAGUGGAUUGGAGAUUUCAAGGAGGGGCGUUUUGAAAUGGAAAAGAACAAUAACAAUGAUGACAUUGACUGCCUUAGAAUACACCCCACAGCAUCACAAAAGCCAUGGCUGCUAAUAAGGAAAAUUAAUAUUUGGGCGAAAAAAGAUUGAC